AUGAGCGCCUGGCAUCAUAUUGAAAAUUUUGCACACGAAUCCUAUACGGUCGGCUGGAUCUGCGCCCUCUCUAUAGAACUUGCUGCGGCGGCGACUUUCCUCGACGAAAAGCACGGCGGGCCGACAUCCGUCCCACCGAACGACAACAAUUCCUACACAUUGGGCAGAAUAGGAGAACACAAUGGCGUCAUCGUGGUUCUACCCAAAGGCGGAGACAUGGUGCAUACCUUUCCUAAUGUCAGAAUCGGCUUGAUGGUCGGUGUCGGUGGUGGGGCACCGAGCAGGAGAUAUGGGCAUGAUAUCCGUCUGGGUGACAUAGUCGUUAGUGCUCCCUACAAGACUGGCGGUGUUUUCCAGUACGACUUCGGUCAUGCGAUACAAAACCAACGCUUUCGAACGACUGGAUUCUUGAACCAACCGCCAACGGUCCUUCGCACGGCGAUGAAUACACUCGAGGCUGAACAUGAGACUUACGGGCAUCAGUUAACAAUGCAAUUGACGCUAUUCUGGAGAAUCACCCAUCCCGAAAAUGAUGAAUCAAGCUGCGCGAAGGUGUGCGGAGAUGAUCCAUCAAAGUUGAUAUAUCGGCGUCAGCGAGAUGAAGACGAGGACAAUCCCGUAAUACACUAUGGUGUGAUUGCGUUAGCCAAUACGCUGAUGAAGGAUGCUAAUAUCCGGUACAACCUUAUAAAGGAGAAAGAGGUCCUGUGCUUUGAAAUGGAGGCAGCCGGGUUAAUGAAUCACCUUCCGUGCCUAGUUAUUCGCGGGAUAUGCGACUACUAUUCGGACUCGCAUAAGAACAAGGAGUGGCAAGGGUACGCAGCAAUGACGGCAGCUGCGUAUGCCAAGGCAAUUCUUUUCCGAAUUGCUCCCAAUCAAGUGGAGGCUGAGAAAAGGAUUGCUGACAUCAGUUAG